UAAAUACCAUAUCUCCCCCAUCUCGUCUCCUCAGUCUUUCUCUCUGUCUUCACCACUUUGAACAACAUUUCUAGAGAGAGAAACUAGAGAGAUAGAGCUUCAAGCUCCAUCAAUGGCGUUCUUAUCGUUUGUAGGUCGCGUUCUCUUCGUCUCCGUCUUCGUUUUCUCCGCUUAUCAAGAGUUUAAUGAUUUUGGAGUUGAUGGUGGAUCAGCAGCAACUGCCCUUACACCAAAGGUCAAUGUGCUUUCAAAGCAUUUCACAACACAUACAGGUUUCCAAGUGCCUGAAUUUGAGAUCAAGUUCUUGGUUGCUGGAGCUAUAGCCCUAAAAGCCCUUGGAAGCUUCCUUUUCGUCUUUGGCAGUACCAUUGGUGCCACACUCUUGAUUCUGCACCAGUUGAUCGCUACUCCCCUCUUAUACGACUUCUACAACUAUGACAUCGAGAAGAAAGAAUUCCUUCAGCUUUUUAUCAAAUUCACACAGAGUUUGGCUUUGUUGGGGGCACUUUUGUUCUUCAUCGGGAUGAAGAACUCUUUCCCAAGAAGAUCUUCAACAACAAAGAAGGCUGCCAAAACGAAGACCGUCUAAGAGAUGGUGUUGUACGCUUGCAUCUUGAUUUUCUUAAUUUUUGUUUUCAUGAACCGUUGAGAUUUCGAUGUGAUCUCUUGUAUGAUUUCUGUUAAGGUUUUGUUGUUGCUUAAGAGUUAUGUUACAUUCUUUAACUUGUAUUUCUAGUUUAAGGUUCCGUCAUUAAUUUAAGUUCUGCUUUUAUUUUUAGA